GCGCCGGAGCGCGUCUUUCCUUGUCGAUUUCGCGGAGGAGUGAUGGCGGUGCCGGGCGCGUUGGGGAGGAUGCUGCAGCCGCGGGGGCGCCUCUCUGUGGGACUGACCCUGCUGCUCCUCCAGCUCCUCUUUGCGGGGCUGCCGAGCCCGGCUGGAGCCAGCCAGCUCUCCAAGUGGGAACUGUCGGUGCCCCUGGAGAAGAAUUUUUUUCACUUUGGAAAGAUUCUCUUUAGCAAUACUACCAUUUUCCUAAAGUUUAAUGGCAGUGAAGCUGCAUGUGAUCCUUCUCAAAGUUACACUAUACGGUGGUACUUAAGAUACUCCUAUUGCUACAAUGAGGUCUUCAAUUUUGUGGAUAAUCAGACAAAUCUAUAUUUUCAAAGCACUUCAGAACAACAUACAGGUUGGUCAGGAUACUACGCUAUGUCUGAAUUCCACUUCCCCAACUGUAGUGAGCUCUUCAAGCCACAGCGUUUCUACAGUGAAUUUGUUCAUCCAGCUGCCUUAGGCAGAAAAGAGGAUAGGAAAGAGAAUGGAACAAACACUACUACACUAGCAGAGAAUGUUGCAAUGAAUGCUGUAAUGCAAACAUGGCAAGAUGGGCCAUAUAUCUUUAUUGUAAAGGUUGAUAUUUCAUCUUCAAAGGAUGGAGCGAAUAUUAAAGGAACAAACGAUGAGUUGACAAAUGUUAUGGCUUCUAAUGAUCAACCAAAAGCACCAUUUACCAUGACUGUGGAAGUGAUUGGACCAUAUGAAUACCUUUCUCUAGCAGAUUAUCCUCUUAUGAUUUUCUUCAUGGUGAUGUGUAUUGUAUAUGUGUUGUUUGGCGUUCUAUGGUUUGCAUGGUCAGCCUGCUACUGGCGGGACCUCCUAAGGAUACAGUUUUGGAUUGGUACAGUUAUCUUACUUGGAAUGUUGGAGAAAGCUGUAUUCUAUGCAGAAUUCCAGAAUAUUCGGUAUACAGGAAAAUCUGUCCGAGGGGCAUUGAUCCUGGCUGAGCUACUUUCGGCAUUGAAACGUUCCCUUGCUCGAAUUCUUGUUAUCAUAGUGAGUCUGGGAUAUGGCAUAGUAAAACCUCGCCUGGGAGUCACUCUUCAUAAAGUAAUUGCAGCUGGAGCCCUUUAUUUAUUAUUUUCUGGUAUGGAAGGUGUCCUCAGAGUUACUGGGUCUUUCCAUGAUAUUACAGCUGUUGUAGCUAACUUCGGACUGUCUAUCAUUGACUCCUGUAUUAUUUAUUGGAUAUUUAUCAGUUUAACUCAAACAAUGAAAUUGCUGAAACUUAGGAGGAACGUUGUGAAGCUCUCUCUUUACCGGCACUUCACCAAUACACUCAUCUUGGCAAUAGCAGCAUCUGUUGUUUUUAUCAUCUGGACAACUUUGAAAUUCAAGCUGAUGGAUUGUCAGUCGGAUUGGCAGGAGCUAUGGGUUGAUGAUGCCAUCUGGCGGCUGUUAUUCUCAAUGAUUCUUUUUGUCAUCAUGAUUCUUUGGAGGCCAUCUGCCAACAACCAGCGGUUUGCUUUUUCACCAUUGUCUGAAGAAGAUGAGGAGGAUGAACAGAAAGAGCCGAUGCUGAACGAGAGUUUUGAAGGGAUGAAAAUGAGAACUUCAAAACAAGAAUCAAAUGGAAAUCCUAAAACCAGCAAAGCACAAGAAGAUGAUCUGAAAUGGGUAGAAGAGAAUGUUCCUUCUUCUGUGACUGAUGUGGCUCUGCCAGCACUACUGGAUUCAGAUGAGGAGAGAAUGAUCACACACUUUGAAAGAUCCAAAAUGGAAUGAAAAAUGAAACAACUUGCAGGAGAAGCUAUCUGAGUGUUCGAGAAAGGAAGAAACCUUGUCUCCCUUGCAAUGUUCCAGUGCUGCUUUCUCUGAUGUGUUCCAUGAACUUUGGAACUAUAGAUUGUUGUCAGAGGGAAUUUUUUGUGGGAUCAGCAUGGAGGGAAUUUCAGUCAUGAAAAGAUUUGCAUUUGCACUGUUUGCUGCCAGUGUGGUAUUUAAACCAUGGAAAUGUCUUUUAUUGCAGCAAAUUCUUUUAAAGUAUUUAAGUUAAAACUCAUUAACAACUGGCCCAGCAACUUUUAAUUCAUCACUAGAUCUAAAUCCCAUGAUUUACCUAUGAUGGGGUGGGAGAAAAUAGGAAGUUUCUCCAAACCAGUGAGGAUGAUUCAUGUGCAGAAGUUUCUUCAAACAAGCCAAAAACGACCUCUGCUUGUAGAUAAUUUCCAGCACAGUGUAUUCAGUAAGAUGCUGCAAAUAAUAACUCCAGUAUCCAAUAUCUGGGACCUGGGACUAUAAAUGGGGUUUUGAUUCCUAUCCCUAUCCACUUUCCUUGGAGGACUUACACUGUCAGAGCUGACAGAAUCAUCAACCAUCUGUAAAAGUGCUUUGCAUACAGAAAUAUGUAUGCAACAUCCUGCUGGGUGCAAGAAAUCUGUGAAUCAGGAUCAGUGCCUUUUCUCUUAGAUGCAGUAGCUAUUGUCUGAAGAUUCUGCUGUCUGGCUAGGAAAAAGAAGAGAGUUUUUGAAGGAAAGCUUUUGCUUAUGGAAAACAACAAACUCCAAAAGAAGUAUUUGGGAGAAAUUAUGAUGCUUAAUAUUCUUAGCAAAAUUAAGUGCACUUUUUUUCAUUCCACAGUGUAGAAAAAAUAUUAGUUUCAAUUUAAUGUACUUAGAAGCUGUGAUUACUUAAUUCCCAGUUUGUUACUAUCUCAUUGCUGGCAAUGAGGUGUGAGCAUGAGCAGUUAACUAUUUGAAUUGGAACAGUAAUUGAAUGAAAACACCAUUGAACAUCACAGAACUUACUAUUGUAUUGCAGCUUGUCAAAAGCUGGAACCUUCUUGAUUUGAAAUUCCUUGUAAGCAGCAAGCUGCUGUUGGGCUAUGUUUGGCUUUGAAUGAUUACAUUACUUUACUUGAUUAACUUGUGCUAGAUUUGCUUGGGUAUGAUCUAUGUAAAAAGAAGUAGGUAUAAACGGGAGGUAUUCUUUUUUGCAGUUCUUGAAUGGGCCUGGUGUUAAGUGGCAUUCUUGGUUGCACUUGGCUGAUAUCCCAACUCCCCACCCCUGCCAAUACAUCAGCCUUUUAACACUCUUGAAGUACCAUUCCUCUGAGGCCCAAUCAGGUAUUUAAAAUAGCUACUUUACAGCCAGCUGUUCACUGCUUUAGGUAAAACCAUAGCCAAGGCUCACAAAAGAAGAGAUCUUUCUCAACUGUUCCUUCAGAUCUGGAGCUGGCUGUAGCGCACAGUAAAAAUGGAGACCAGCUUAGUCCUCAAGUCACUUUAACCAAAGGCCAGAAGGAUCUUGUUACAGUAUCAGUAGCUCUAUACCUUCCACAGUUCUACAUCCUACCUCCCCUCCAACCAUAAUCUGCACCAAGAGACAUUUUUAACUAUACACUUGUAUAAUUAUAUUUAGAUACUCAAAUAUUUGAGAGGUUUUUUUUUUAAAGAGACUACCAGGAAAACUGAGCCUGUUACUGGGAGGAUAAACAACUCUUGCAACAGAAACAAAUUCAGGUUAACCUAAUGACAAAUACUCUUCUGCAAUAAUUUAUGCAAGUAUGUGUGCUGAACCUUUCUUUACAAUUGCCUGGAGUAGUGGGAGAGAAGGUAGAUUUUUUUUUUUAAUUUAAAUUGUGUUUUUCUAAGUUUAGUGCCAAAACAUGAGUCUUACAGAUGUUUGAUAUAGUUAUUUCUUCUGGAAAAACUGGACUUGGGUUUUCACAUGGAAUUUACUACUGGCUUAAUUCUGCUUCCUGGGCUUGUUUUAGUUGUACUUACAGUGUAUAAGUGGUUUGGUUAAUAGGGUGUCCUCUAUCUUACAGGAACUUUUUCAUUUGAUUCAGUCUGAAUUAGCAGAUUUAUGUUCUGUAUAAUAAAAUUGUUUUUUGCCUCUUAAA